AUGCUACCUCUGCGACUAAACACUGUCUGGAUAAGGCAUCGAGCUUCAUCUUUCAUUCCAUGCACCAAGUCAAGACUCUAUAGUACAGGACACAGCUCGUUUCCUAUUGAGGCAUCUCAUUAUUUGAUUCAAACUGCCACGUCUGAUCGCUAUACGCUACUACAAAACCGUGGCUUUUUGGAAAUUGAAGGAGCUGAUGUCGUCAAGUUCCUACAAGGACUGAUUACAAACCAUAUGCCAAAGAUUGAACGUGGUGGUGAUGGCUUUUAUUGUGCCUUCUUGACUCCUCAGGGUCGCGUCCUAUAUGACGCAUUCAUACACCCCAAAAACCUCGGUCCAGACUUCCCACACCCAUCUUUCAUCAUUGACGUGGACGCAUGUGCAGUCCAAGGUCUCUCUCAACACCUAAACAAGUAUAAACUACGCUCCAAAGUGAAAAUCACCGAUGCUACUUCAAGGUAUAGAGCAUAUCAAGCUUGGGGUCCAUCAGUAAAAGCAUUGUGGACUGGUGGUCCAUCAUCUAGUGACGCGCAUACUGUGGGCAAAGUGAUUCCUGUGGGUGCAAUGGUAUCUAGACCACGGUUCUGUGAUAUUGGUGGUAUCGAUUCCAGGCAGGCUGAUUUAGGCUUGAGGAUUGUCGUGCCUGUCAAUUCUAAAGUUCCCGUCUUAACAAAUCAAGUGCCCGAAGAAGAAUACACAUUACGAAGAAUCAUGUAUGGUGUUCCUGAAGGAAUGGAUGACUAUUUUCAUGGAUCUUCAUUACCUCUUGAAUCUAAUCUAGACUAUAUGCAAGGAGUGGACUUUAGGAAGGGCUGCUAUCUCGGCCAAGAGCUAACCAUCCGAACAUACCAUACAGGUGUAACACGUAAACGAAUAUUGCCCAUACAGGUAUUUAGUGAUGUUUCAAAACCUCCAUCAACACUAACACUGGACACAACCACCCAACUCACCAUCCCAGCAUCCCAAUCUGAAAUCAAUGCCAAUAACAAGUCAGUUGGCAAGUUUUGUUCAGGACGUUACAAUGUUGGACUAGCGCUACUGAGACUUGAGCAUGUUGGACAUGUGGUGGCAUUAGAAGGUGGACUAUUUGGCAAGGCUUUUAUACCCUCGUGGUGGCCUAUACCACCACCAUCACCAUCUGCAGAAGGAAAGCAACACUAA